AUGUUGGCUAUCUUGUCAUCUGAAGAUGCCUCAUUGAACCUUGUCUCGAAAAUCAUUAUCUUGAAUGACUUGCAGCAAUUGAUCAAGGUAUUAGGCACUGACAUGAUUAAUUUCGUGAACACUGAGAAGGGCGGCAAGUACAAGCUUUUGAUCAUGACAUUUUUGGAGAACAGUUCUGGUGACAACGAAUUGAAAUACGAGGCUUUGCGUACCAUCCAGUAUUUGGUUGGCCAUGCUUAG